AUGAUAAGAACUCAUGUUGCUGGAACAAUUGCCGGAAAAAGAUACGGUGUUUCAAAGAAAGCCAAAGUUGUAGCAAUCAAAGUUUUGCGAUCAAAUGGAUCUGGCUCAAUGUCAGAUGUGAUAAAAGGGAUAGAAUUCGCCACAGAAUUAUAUUUAGAAGAGGUUACUAAAGCUCGCAGAGAGCGUAGACGUUUCAGAGGUGGUGCUGCAAAUAUGAGUUUGGGAGGUGGUAAAAGUCAAUCAUUGGAUCUUGCCGUUGACGCAGCUGUAGAUAAUGGGCUUAUUUUUGCGGUAGCAGCUGGUAACGACAAUAAAGAUGCUUGUAAUUAUUCUCCAGCCGCUUCACAAAAGGCAAUCACAGUUGGUGCUACAACUGUUGGAGAUGAACGUGCCUGGUUUUCAAAUCAUGGACAAUGCGUAGAUGUGUUUGCCCCAGGUCAAGACAUUACAUCAACAUGGAUCGGCUCAAGUACAGCCACAAAUACCAUUUCUGGUACAUCAAUGGCAUCUCCACACGUCGCUGGUCUGGUUGCUUAUUAUCUUUCAAUCGAGCCAGAACGUGACUCUGAUUACUUCACCUUAACAUCAUUAGCAACACCUGAAAAGGUGAAAUCUAAUAUUAUUAGAUUUGCAACAAAAGACGCUAUAGAAGCGCCUCUCCCUCCUAAUACACCAAACUUGUUAAUUUUUAAUAGGUACAAAUGA